AGACAUCCCACCUUCGCACCAUCGUAAGGCUCAUAUCGAUCAAAGAAGUCCUUGGAGGCGACCUGUAGUCUAGCGACUAUUGAUAGCCAGAACAUUUUCACUAUCUCAUCAUCUCCCCAUCUCCCCAUCUCCCCUUCAAGUACUUCUCACAUCCAUCUCGCCUCCUUUUCUGCCUCUACGCCGUCAAGCGACUGGCAUACAACACCCAAGAAUCAAACAAGAAACCAAAGUCUCACAGCCAACAUGCCUGACAUAGUUAUCGACAUUACUACCGGCUGCAUUGCGCUUUUCUGCGUCACAAUGUACGUCCUCGCCUACCUGGCUCGCCUUGUCGACAACUUCAAAAAAGGUGUUCUCUACCAAACUCCGACCCUCCCCCUGCCCCCUUUUCUUAAGGGCCCCGAGGAUCUCGAGCUCUGGGACAUGUUUCUCCUCCGCUACCUCGACUUCUACGGCCUGUCAUCCUAUCUCAAGGACGACGUUCGCGAACCCUUGAUUGGACCCGGCAGGGACGACUGGAAGAAGCAAAGAGCCAGAGUCAACUACAUCCUGCUUAGCACCCUCACCGACCCGGACGUGAUCGUCACUCUGAAGCUGUACAACUGGAACAUCAAGGAGGAGGACCCCAAGGUCACGUAUGAUCUCGUCAAGCGCGUCUUCGUCCACGGCACCAGCAAUGACAACUGCGGAAAACUCUUUGGCGACUUCGUUACUCUCAGAAGAGACCAGUGCGGCUCCAUGGGCGAGUAUUUGCAGCGUCUCCAGUUUCUCAGGGACCAACUCCAUGAGGAGGGUUGGAAGUUUGAUCCUGACUUUGGACUCACCACGGUUCUUGACGGCUGUGGCAUGAAGGAGAACUACCCUGACUUGCACGCAAAGUUAGUCGAGGAAUGGACUUUGAACCGCCUCACUUGGGAGGAUCUCAUGAAGGAUCUGAGAGCCAUCAACUUCCAGGAGCGCACAAAGGACAGAAAGCGCUCGCUUGUCUGAUGACUUUUCAGGGGACAGCUUCACAGCAUCGUCGAGACUUCAUGUCUUUCCCUUUGGAAUUUUGAUCUUGCGAUAGGAUCUUGGUCAGCCAG